AUGACCAAAAAGGCACAGAGAACAGGAGAUAAGUGGUACGCCCUUGCUAAGCAGCAGGGCUACCGAGCUCGUUCUGCUUUUAAGCUUAUCCAGUUGAAUCGUCAGUUCAACUUCUUAUCAAAAGCUCACGUGUUGAUUGAUCUCUGUGCAGCUCCAGGAGGAUGGUGUCAAGUGGCAGCAAAGCAGAUGCCCAUCGAAAGCACGAUUAUUGGCGUGGAUUUGCUUCCUAUUAAGCCGAUACACAAUGUCAAGACAUUUCAAGAGGACAUUACGACGUUAAGCUGUAGGGACGUGAUAAAAAGAGAAUUGCACGGAAAACAUGCUGACGUAGUGCUGCACGAUGGUGCUCCGAAUGUAGGAGGAGGUUGGAGCAAGGAUGCGUUUGACCAGAACUCGCUGGUCCUUCACUCGCUCCGUUUGGCGGUGGAGUUCAUGACGAAGGGCGCGACAUUCGUCACGAAGGUGUUCCGUUCUGCGGAUUACCACGCUCUCAUCUAUAUCUUCAACCAGCUCUUCGAGAAGGUGCAGGCCACCAAGCCCGCUGCUUCGCGUACCGAAUCUGCAGAAAUUUUCGUGGUGUGCCAGAACUACAAAGCGCCAUCCUACAUCGACCCCAAAUUCCUCAACCCGGACUACGCCUUCAAGCAUGUGGGAGCCCCCAAGCAAGAAGUGAAUCUGUUUGCCUCGAAGAACCCGCGAAAGCGAUUCCGCGAGGGCUACGACGAGGAUUUGGGUCUGGGACUGAAGCGUGUGAUUUCGGUGAAGGAUUUUAUGACGCGUUCGGACCCGAUUCGCGUUCUCAGCGAGGCUCACGAGUUGCGAUUCGACGAGGACAGCGCGGCGUUCCUGGAGAGUCCGCUCACGACGGAGGAAGUGCGCGCCUGCUGCAGCGAUCUGCGCGUGCUGAACAAGAACGAUUUCAAAAUGCUGCUCAAAUGGCGAUUGCAGAUGCUCAAAGAGAAGAAGGAGUUGAUCCAGUCCAUGCAACAUCCUGCCCAGCAAAUCGGGGAAACCGGGGAAACCGGGGAAGCUGGAGAAACAGGAGAAACCGGGGAAACGGAAGAGAAAGAGGAGAAGAAGAGCGUGGAGAGCGAGUUGCAGGAAGUACGCGAGCGUAUAGCGUUGGAGAAACGCCGUGAGGAGCGGAAGGAACGAAAGCGUCUAGCGAAGGAGCGAAAGCGUCGGUUGCUGGGCAUGGACAAAACGCCUGUGAUGGAUUUGGGCGAUCAAGUGUUCAGCGUAACGGAUUUGAGUCGCGUGGAGAUCAAGAAGGAAGAUUUGAUGAAGCAAGCGGAGGAUGAAAACGACGAUGAAAGUAUGAGCGAAACCGGCGAAUCGGACGAUGAGACUGUCAAGAAAUCGAAAUCGAAAUCAAAGAAAUCCACUCGCAUGACCGAGUCUGCAGCCAGCAGCGACGAGGAGAUCGAGGAGAACGAGGCCUCCGAUUCCUCGGACGAAGCCUCGGCGUCGCUGCGUCGUCAGCGUUGGUUCAGCGACCCGCUCUUCGCCUCCCUGAACGACGAGGCCUCCGAUUCUUCGGACGAAGACGCGAUCGCCGCGAUGAAAAGCGAGGCGCGCAAGUCGCAGAAGCGGCCGCAGAGCGAGCUGCCGCUGGCGGAUCGGCUGCGAGCGUACAACGACGAGGAGGACGCGGAGCUGCUCGCGGAAGCCCCGAAGAUCGACGGGAGCCAAAUCGCGGACGGAGAAUACGUGCCGCCUCUGCUCGAUGUGCCCAAAUCGGAUAAAGAAAAGCGACAUGAAAAGCGCGUGAAGCGACUCGAGAAGGAGCGAAAGAAGAAGGAGAAAGAGGCCAAGGCGGAUCUGGAGAUCGUGGAAACGGGGUUCCCGCAGGCGACGAGCCAUCUAACGGAGGACCAGUUGGCUCGGCAAGCGAUGAUCAAAGCGGGCCUGGGCUCGCAAACGGACGAUUCGGCGUACGGCGACCUGGAAGUGGUGAAGGCCAACAAGCCCAAAAUCGGCUCGGACGAACACCUGGAAGCGCUGUCGCUGGGGUUCCUUCUCUCCAAGCACAGCACGGCCAACGACCUCAUCGACUCCUCGUACAACCGGUACAUGUUCAACGACCCCGCGGGACUGCCGGAGUGGUUCCUGGAGGACGAGCGGAAGUACAAUCGCCCGCAGCUGCCGAUGACGCAGGAGAUCAUGGCGAGGCUGCGGAAGCAGUUCCAGAACGACGAUCGAACGAUCAAGAAGGAGCGCGAGGCGAUGGCGCGGAAGCGAAGACGCGUGGAGCGGUUCCGAAAGCAGCAGAAGGCGAAGAUUGACAGCAUUAAUAACGACGAGGACAUGCCGGACAGCGCGAAGCUGAAGGCGAUUCAGAAGCUGAUGAAGGGAAAGGACGUGAAACAUCCAGGGAAAACGUAUGUGGUGGGGAAGAAGGGAGCCAAGGGCGGACGCGGAGUGAAGGUCGUGGAUCGACGACUCAAGAAGGACAAGCGCGGAGAGAAGCGCGCCGCGUGGAGGGCGAAGCAUCAUUUGAAGGGGAAGAAGGGGAAGAAGUGAGCGACAUGCAUGGAAAGGGUUUUGGUCAUUUAUUAUGUGGUAGU